UUAAGGACGCAUUUCAGAUUUGUGGAGUGUGUUCAUCUGAAGAAAUGCUUUACAUAUUCAUAAUCUUCUGUUUGUGUCGUCUGGUUGAUGGAGUAAAUGUAGUGUCGGUGAUGGAGGGAGAUUCUGUCACUCUACACAAUGAUAUUUCCACUUUUCCACUAUAUAAAAUGUGUAAUAUAAACUGGGAGUUUAAAUCCCAACAAGCUGAUGUUAUACAUUAUAAGAAUAAUAUAUAUGGUAACAGAGUACAGAUGAACAAUGAAACUGGAUCUCUGACCAUCAGUAACAUCAGAAUCACAGACUCUGGACUUUAUAAAAUGUUUUGUUUAUUCUUUAGUGAAUCAUAUGAUGUUACUGUCUAUGCUCGUCUGCCCAAUCCCACCAUUUUUAGAGGCUCUUUAAACUCUUCAUCAUCUAAUUGUUCAGUGUUGUGUUCAGUGUUGAAUGUGAGUGCUGUGAGUCUCUCCUGGUAUAAAGGAAACAGUUUAUUGUCCAGAAUCAGUGUGUCUGAUCUCAGCGUCAGUGUUUCUCUACAUCUGGAGGUUGAACAUCAGGAUAAAAACACCUAUAGUUGUGUGCUGAACAAUUCUUUCACUAACCGGACUGAACAUCUAGACAUCACUCAGCUAUGUCAAGGCUCGAUUCACUGUUGUAGUUUCACUGAAGCUGUGAUACGAUUGGUUGUCGCUGCUGUGGUGUGUGUGGCUGCUGUUGCAAUAGUGGUUUAUGACAUCAUAUCCAGAAGGGCUGAAGAGAAGAAGAGGAGAAGAUCACAAUCAGUCAUUGAAUGAUGAACUAUGAAAUCAUGGCAGUUCUUGUCAAAAGUCACGGAAAUCCAUAAAUCAAACAGGGGCUAGAUGGCGCUGGAGAAGAUUUAAUCAACUUUUUUCAUGAUUUUUUUGUAUAAAGUACAUUGCUGUCCUUAUUUUGCCUCUUCAGAGACAUUUUAUAUCAAAAGCACAAAUAUUAAUUAUUAACGCUUGUCUUUAUUUAAUCUUGUCAUUCAGUCUGGGCUGAAUGGAGCCUAUCUGGACUAAACUGAAGGUUGUUUGCUUGAAUCGUAGUAGA